AUGGCACACACACAAGAGAAAUAUGACAUUGUCAUCGUGGGCGCCGGCCCUGUUGGUAUUCUGCUGUCUCUCUGCAUGUCCCGCUGGGGCUACAAAGUGAAGCACAUCGACAACCGCCCGGUGCCUACCGCGACUGGCCGCGCCGAUGGUAUUCAGCCUCGCUCAACGGAGAUUCUCCGGAACCUGGGUCUGAAGCGUCAGAUCAUGGCUUACAAGCCAGCUAAGGUGUACGAUGUCGCUUUCUGGGAUCCUCUUCCUGAAGACAAGGGUAUCCAUCGCACCGGAAGCUGGCCAAGCUGCCCUCGAUUCAUUGACACAAGAUACCCUUUCACUACCCUUGUCCACCAGGGCAAGAUCGAGAGAGUUUUCAUUGACGAGAUUGAGAAGGCUGGCACAAGAAUUGAGAGACCUUGGACUAUCAUUGGGUUCAAGAACGAUGGCGCGGACAAGAACUAUCCCGUCCAGGUGUCGCUCAAGUGCAUUGAUACAAACGUCAUCGAGACCGUUCGCACCAAGUACCUCUUCAGUGGCGAGGGCGCUCGCAGUUUUGUCAGAGAGCAGCUCGGCAUCAAGAUCCAUCACAAGGAUCCCAUCUCGUAUGUGUGGGGUGUCAUGGACGGAGUUGUGAGGACAAACUUCCCUGAUAUUGAGACCAAGUGCACCAUUCACUCAGACGCCGGCUCCAUCAUGGUUAUCCCCCGUGAGGACAACAUGGUCCGUCUCUAUGUCCAGAUCGCCUCUUCCUCCGAUCCCGACUUCAACCCAAGAAAGACCGCCACUGCCGAGGAAGUCCAGGAGACGGCAAAGAAGAUUCUCAAGCCAUACACUUUGGAGUGGGACCGCGUUGAGUGGUACUCUGUUUAUCCAAUCGGUCAGGGUAUCUCCGAGAGAUAUACCCUGGACGAGCGUAUCUUUAUGGGAGGCGAUGCGUGCCACACCCACAGCCCUAAGGCUGGUCAGGGGAUGAACACAGCGUUCCACGAUGCACUCAACAUGGCCUGGAAGCUCCACGCUGUCGAAUCUGGAUUGGCCGACCGUUCCAUUUUGAGCACCUACGAGAGCGAACGCAAGGACAUUGCCGAAACGCUGUUGAACUUCGACAACAAGUAUGCCGCCCUUUUUUCCAAGCGUCGCCCAACGGCCGGUGAGGUCGGAUCCGCAAGCCACACCCAGGCCGCUGAUGGUGGUGAGGAGGACGAGUUUGUCAAGACCUUCAAGUCUUCCUGCGAAUUCACCUCCGGAUACGGCGUUGCAUACAAGCCCAAUGUUUUCAACUGGAGUGCAAGCCAUCCCGCUCAAUCGCCUCUGUUCAACAUCCCUGACGUUAAGCUGACUCCUGGCCGCGCCUUCACUCCCACCACUGUGACCCGCUUGGCGGAUGCCAACUUUGUGCACCUCGAGCAGGAAAUUCCUGCCAAUGGAGCAUUCCGCAUCUUCAUCUUCGCCGGUAAACAGGCGAACACUAAGAAGGCGAUCACGGACUUUGGUGCCAACCUUGAAAAGGAGCGAUCAUUUCUGUCUUCUUACCGCCGCAUCGAUGAGAUCUCUUUCUUUGAGCACCAUCUGCCUCACUCCAAGCUGUUCUCUAUCUGCCUGAUUUACGCUGCUCAGAAGAACGAGGUCGAUGUGGAGGCCAUCCCUCAGAUCCUCCGCGAUUACCACCACCACAUCUACGCGGACGACAUUCCCGACGUGCGCGUGCCUCUCGCCAAGUUUGCCGCCCAUGAGAAGCUUGGCUUCGACCCCGAGAAGGGAGGUGUUGUUGUCACUCGUCCCGACAGCCACGUUGCCUGCACCGUUCAAUUGGUGGAAGGCAGCGGCACUGUUGAUGCUCUCAACGCAUAUUUCAACUCCUUCUCAACAAAGCCUCUUGGUCAGGACCAGCAAAGCCGUCUGUGA